GCGAGCGAUUCCAGGAUUCAGUUGAAACUGAGAAGUAAAAUAGCGGAAAAACAGUGAUUUUUACAAGUUAACUGACGAUAAAAUGUCGCUAACAGAUGAAAUUAUUCGCUUCAAACUGUGGGCUACUAAAAUGGGGUGCCCACUGGAGAAAAUUCCAUCAGAUGAUUCGCUGAAAAAAUGUAUUCGCGGUAAGCAGAGUAUCCUUUUCCAGCAGAUUGUGACCGGAAUACUUCCGAAGCAGGAGAUAACCACGAUGCGAAACAAUGUCUUGGUCGCCAAACUGAAGCAGUAUCAAGCCCUUGGCGGUGUGGUUGCGAAAUCUAAAAUGUUCCAAAUGCCCGAGGAGUUGCAACGGUACGAGAAAGUGGAAAGGCUGAAGGAAAAAUGUGCGGAAACGCGAAACAGGAUUCUCAAAUCAAAGGCAACGUUUGAAGCGGUUACAGAUAAAAUCAAGGAAAAAGAUAUUCAAAAGAUGCAAAUCAGCACGAAGCUCAGCGAAACAACGGAUAAACUUGCAUUCUACAAAGCUGUUGAUAAUUCCCUGAUGAAGGCAUCAGAAAAAGAGAUUGAAAUCAAGCAUGUCAUUGAACGAUCAAUGCCGGUAAGAGCAUCCGAGUCAACCAAGACCAAGUCCGAUGCCGUGGAAGCUGUCCAAGCGUGUUUGAAGCAAUUGGAUGAGUUCUACUCGAAGUUCUCGGAGCUGAAACAAGAGGGCAGCAAGCAAGCACAGCAAAAACUUUGGUCAAGUAUUAGGACACUGUUAAAGGGGAUCCCGAACUAUCUUCUGUGGAGUGUGGUGAUGGAAAUGAAGGAGAGGCAACUUUUGGAAAUAUCACAAGCGGAUUCGCAGCAAAACGAGCAUGAGAAGGAAAACGCACUUUCCGCACAGGAUGUACUGCAGAUCAAUAUGGCUAAACUGUGUGGCAAUCAUGUAAAUUUGUUCAUCGAUUUGGUUGCAAUGAAAAGAGCGAUUCAAUUGAUGAAGGAUGACUAUCUCGCUAAGUACACUCCUUUUGCACAAAUGUUGGAAACUAAAAUGAACCUUUUGAAUAUGAUGGAUGACGAAGCUGAGGAAAUUCUUGAAGAUUAUAUGUUUCAAUCUACUUCUAAGGAUUAUAAUCAAGGCCAAUUGGAUUUUCUGGGCAAGGAAAUUGAACGAAAGAAACAAGAAAUCAAAAUACAAAUUUCCAAAUUGGAAAACCAUGAACAACUUCUGGCCCAACUGCGAGAGAUUUAUGGAGAAAUUGACAUCUACUCUGAGCGAAUUCAAGAAGAAAUACAACAACUAAAUCAAAUCAAAGAGAAAAUAUCAUAUUUCAAAAGAUACAGUCGUUACACCGUACACAAUAUGCGACAAAAGACAACAAAUCAAUCCAUAAACAUGCCCGAUCAGACAAUCAAUCUUACGAGGCUUGAAGGCAGCACUAUGGCCAACAUUCCUGCAUACGCGCCGGCAAGCCUUCCCCCGUACUGCAGCGAACUAACAACAUUCGCAGAGAUUCCAUUCCACAAGUUCUACCGACACACCAAAUCGUUCCUUCUCUCGCUCAAUACGCACAUCUAUCUGUCCGUUGGGAACGAUCCCAACGCCUCAAUGUGCUUCCUGCCGAACUGCUUCUCAACCGCAGAGAAUUCUCUCCACCAAAUGCGAGCCAUGGUCAAGUUCGACGAAACGAUCCGCUCGUUCGCCCAGGAUCAGAAACCCGAGCUGGAUACAGUCACAGUGGACCAGGCUCACUAUCACCAGCUGUGGAAGGCCAAUCACGAGCGGAUCUGCCAGCACUUGGAUGAGAUUGAAGCUAUUGCGACCAACACGCAGCAGGUGAUCGAAAAGGGACGCGUUUACUAUAACUUUGUGCUGGCAAACCCACUGCGCCGGUACGUUCCACCGAAGAAGCUGUUCAACGGUCGAAACUAUCGCGAAUAUGAGAGCGAGUAUUUGAUGUACUAUCGGAUGAUUCAUGGACCGAUCGGUGGUCAGUGAUGUGCUGAGGUAUUUACUACUUUUUUUUUCAAAUAAAAACUUUGCUAAGCUUA